CAGGCUUCCGCCCUGUCUCAGGAUGGCGGCGCCCUUUGUCCGGCUGUAGCAGUUCGCUGUAUAAUGUGACUGCGGCGGGGAUCCGGGAUGGCAGCGAUGGACUUCCCUCAGCACAGCCACCUGGUUCUGGAGCAGCUGAACCAGCAGAGGCAGCUGGGGCUUCUGUGCGACUGCACGUUUGUGGUGGAUGGGAUUGACUUUAAGGCCCACAAGGCGGUGUUGGCGGCCUGCAGCCAGUACUUCAGGAUGCUCUUCGUGGAGCAGAAGGAUGUAGUUCAUCUGGACAUUAGCAACGCAGCAGGUCUGGGCCAGGUUCUGGAGUUCAUGUACACGGCCCGUCUCAGCUUGACGCGGGAGAACGUUGAGGAUGUGUUGGCCGUGGCCGGGUUUCUGCAGAUGCAGGAGAUUGUCAAUGCAUGCACGGCUCUGAAAUCACUGAGCAUGCCUGCGGAGGAGAGCGCCCUGGAGACACUCGACCCCGGCCAAGGAGAACUGCUUCACGUAGAUGGAGAGCUGGCAGCUCCAGCCGAGGACGCGGCCCUAGUGGUGGAGGCGAGUGUCACUGUGCCGGUGAUUUACCAGCCUGGCAAGGAUGGCGCAGGAGCCCCUGGAGAAGGCCUCGCAGCGAGUAAAGCUGAUCUCUGCAUAGAGCGACCGGCCAUGCCUGAGACCAGCAAUACCGAGGAGCAGAUGCUGAGCCCGGAGGAAGACGUUGAAAGUAGGAGUGAGAGCAUCAAAGCAGGAGAUCCGAUAAAUCAGACCGCCUGGCACCCGGGUUCUGCAGAGAAGACGGAUCCGGUUUCUGAGGUUACAGAAGCACCGGCAGGGCAGGAAAAAGAAGCAGCCGCCGGCAAUCCGCAAGAACUCGAGUUGAUCUGUGAGCAGGAGGGCGAGAAUGCCAUCUCCCAGGUAGAGGAAGGGGGCAAGCCAUCUCUGCCGGGAGAAGGAUCUCUGGAGGAAGAGGAGGAGGAGGACGACGACGACGAUGACAGAGCUGCUGAGAGAGACCCUUCAAUGGAGAAUGAGGAGAGUGUUGACGAUAAUCAGUCUGCAGCCACUAAUUCUGAUGAAGGUACGUCGGUGGGAUAUCGCCACUUGCGGUCGGCAACGUUGACUUACGGCGAUCGCAGCGAGACCCGGACGUACGGCCCCAUCACCCACAAAUGUGAGUACUGCGGGAAAACGUUCACGCACACCGGGAACUACACGCGACACGUGCGCACCCACACGGGGGAGAAGCCGUUCACGUGCCAAGAGUGCAACAAAGCCUUCUCUGACCCGGCUGCCUGCAAAGCCCAUGAGAAAACACACAGCCCCCUGAAGCCCCACGGCUGCGAAGAUUGUGGGAAGAGCUACCGGCUCGUCAGCCUACUGAACCUGCAUAGAAAGCAGCAUACGGGCGAGCUGCAGUACCACUGCAAGGACUGCGGCAAAAUGUUCAGCACGUCCGGCAACCUCAAGAGACAUUACCUGGUUCACAGCGGGGAGAAACCUUAUCAGUGCGAGUACUGCAACAGACCCUUUUCUGAUCCCACCUCAAAGAUGCGGCACCUGGAGACACACGACACCAACAAGGAACACAAGUGCCCGCACUGCGACAAAAAGUUCAACCAACUUGGCAACUUGAAAGCUCACCUAAAAAUUCACAUCGCAGACGGACCCCUGAAAUGCAGAGAGUGUGGGAAGCAAUUUACCACCUCAGGGAAUUUAAAGCGACACCUUCGUAUUCACAGCGGAGAGAAGCCAUACGUGUGCGUGCACUGCAAGCGCCAGUUCGCCGACCCGGGAGCUCUGCAGCGGCACGUCCGCACGCACACAGGGGAGAAGCCGUGUCUCUGCAUGAUCUGCGGGAAAGCGUUCACCCAGGCGAGCUCGUUGAUCGCUCACGUGCGGAAACACACGGGGGAGAAACCCUAUGUCUGCGAGCGCUGCGGCAAAAGUUUUGUCCAGUCCAGCCAGCUUGCGAAUCACAUCCGCCAUCACGACAACAUCCGGCCGCACAAGUGCAGCGUGUGCAGCAAAGCCUUUGUAAACGUCGGAGACCUGACUAAGCACGUGAUCAUUCACACUGGAGAGAAGCCGUACCUCUGUGACAAGUGUGGUCGUGGCUUCAACCGGGUGGACAACCUGCGCUCUCACGUGAAAACUGUGCACAAGGGCAAGGCUGGCAUGAAAAUGAAGCAUCACGGGGACGGUGACAUGGAUGAGGAAGAGGUUAAUGUUGUGACAGUGACUUCUGGUGAAAUGGUCACGCUGGACACCGAAGCUCUUGCACAAACUGCUGUCACAGAACUCACCGUGGUUCCGGUCACGGAUGCGGCUGAUGAGACGGAGGCACUCAAGGCAGAGAUCACCAAGGCCGUGAAACAGGUUCAGGAAGCAGACCCCAACACACAGAUUCUGUACGCGUGCGAUUCCUGCGGGGAUAAGUUUCUGGACGCCAACAGCUUGGCGCAGCACGUGCGGAUUCACACGGCGCAGGCUCUAGUCAUGUUCCAAGCAGACACAGACUUUUAUCACCAGUAUAGCGCCCCAACCACGUGGCACGCAGAACAGGUCAUACAGUCCGGGGACCUGCUGUCCGAUCAGCCUCAGUCCAUGGAGUGCCAGGGCCCGGUGGAGUAGACGCCGCGUCGUCCCGGACGGGAAUCAGCCGCACCACGUGCUGGAGAAGUGCUGAGCAAAGCUACAAAGCAGCUGUAAAGAUGUAUUUGUGAGAAGAUAUUGGCCUGUACCAGUGCCCUUAUGCAUUAAAUAUUUUUUAAUGGGUCUGUGAUGACUUCUUGUAUGACAUUAUAUAAACCCCAUGCAUCGUUCCUGGAGGUGAUAAGAUUACAAAAUAAAGAGGUUUUUAGAUGA